ACUUCUGGAUACAACUCGAGAGACCUCAGAGAUUGGCUGGACCACACACCCUUCUGAUGGGUGGGAUGAGGUAAGUGUCCUGGAUGACAAGAAGCGCCUGAUCCGAACCUUUCAAGUCUGUAACGUGGCCGAACCAGGUCAGAAUAACUGGUUGCGUACUCACUUCAUAGAGCGACGUGGAGCCCACCGAGUCCAUGUCCGCCUCCAUUUCUCAGUGAGAGACUGUGCCAGCAUGCGCACUGUGGCCUCUUCUUGCAAGGAGACCUUCACACUCUACUACCACCAGUCAGAAGCUGACAUAGCCUCUCAGGACAUGCCAGAGUGGCGUGAGGGCCCCUGGACCAAAGUGGAUACUAUUGCAGCUGAUGAAAGCUUUUCCCAGGUGGACAGCACUGGGAAGGUGGUUAAGAUGAAUGUUAAAGUUCGUAGCUUUGGGCCUCUCACCAAGCAUGGCUUCUACCUGGCCUUCCAGGACUCAGGAGCCUGCAUGUCCCUGGUGGCAGUUCAAGUCUUUUUCUAUAAGUGCCCAGCUGUGGUGAAAGGAUUUGCCUCCUUUCCUGAAACGUUUGCUGGAGGGGAGAGGACCUCACUGGUGGAAUCACCAGGGACGUGUGUACCAAAUGCUGAAGAGACAAGCACGACUGGAUCUUCAAGCGUUCGAUUGCACUGCAAUGGAGAAGGGGAGUGGAUGGUGGCCAUUGGACGAUGCACCUGCAAGGCUGGGUACCAACCUGUUGAUGAUGAACGAGCUUGCCACGCCUGUCCCCUUGGUUUUUUUAAAGUAUCUGUGGGAGAUGACCCCUGCCAUCUAUGCCCUGCUCACAGCCAUGCUCCACUGCCAGGUUCCCGUGAAUGUGUGUGUCAGAAACACUACUAUCGAUCUGCUUCAGACAAUUCUGAUGCUCCCUGCACUGGCAUCCCCUCUGCUCCUCGUGACCUUAGCUAUGAGGUUGUUGGCUCCAACGUGCUCCUGACAUGGCGCCUCCCCAGGGACCUGGGUGGCCGCAAGGAUGUUUUCUUCAAUGUCAUCUGCAAAGUCUGCCCAUCAGGGUCCUCAGGGCCAUGCGUGCGCUGUGGGGACAGCGUACAAUUUGAACCACGCCAAGUGGGCCUGACAGAAAGCCGUGUUCAAGUCUCCAACCUCUUGGCCCGUGUGCAGUACACCUUUGAGAUCCAGGCUGUCAACUUGGUGACUGAAUUGAGUUCAGAAGCGCCUCACUAUGCCACCAUCAAUGUUAGCACCAGCCAGUCAGUCCCCUCUGCUGUCCCUAUGAUGCAUCAGGUGAGUCGUACUACCAAUAGCAUCACACUGUCAUGGCCUCAGCCGGACCAGCCCAAUGGGAUCAUCCUGGAUUACCAGCUACGCUACUUUGACAAGGCAGAAGAUGAGGAUAAUUCAUUCACCUUAACUAGUGAAACCAACAUGGCCACCAUAUCAAGUCUGAGCCCAGGCAAGAUCUAUGCCUUCCAAGUACGAGCUAGAACAACAGUGGGCUACGGCCCAUACAGUGGGAAGAUGUAUUUCCAGACUUUAAUGGGAGGGGAGCGCUCGGAGAUGGUGCAGGACCGACUGCCGCUUAUCGUGGGCUCAGCGCUCGGUGGUCUAGCCUUCUUGGUAAUUGCUGCCAUUGCCAUCCUUGCCAUCAUCUUCAAGAGUAAAAGGCGAGAAACUCCAUACACAGACCGCCUGCAGCAGUAUAUCGGUGCACGAGGACUCGGAGUGAAGUAUUACAUUGAUCCUUCGACCUAUGAAGAUCCCAAUGAAGCUAUUCGAGAAUUUGCCAAGGAGAUUGAUGUGUCCCUUAUCAAGAUUGAGGAGGUCAUUGGAUCAGGAGAGUUUGGAGAAGUGUGCUUUGGGCGCCUGAAACACCCAGGGAAGCGUGAAUACACAGUAGCUAUUAAGACCUUGAAGUCAGGUUACACAGAUGAACAGCGGCGUGAGUUCCUGAGUGAGGCCAGCAUCAUGGGGCAAUUUGAGCAUCCCAAUGUCAUCCACCUGGAGGGUGUGGUCACCAAGAGCCGACCAGUCAUGAUUGUCACAGAGUUCAUGGAGAAUGGAUCACUGGAUUCCUUCCUCAGGCAGAAGGAAGGACAGUUCAGUGUGUUACAACUAGUGGGAAUGCUACGGGGAAUUGCAGCUGGCAUGCGAUACCUUUCAGACAUGAAUUAUGUGCAUCGUGACCUGGCUGCACGUAACAUCUUAGUCAACAGUAACCUUGUGUGCAAGGUGUCAGACUUCGGUUUGUCCCGCUUUCUGGAGGAUGAUGCCUCAAAUCCCACCUAUACUGGAGGUCUGGGCUGCAAAAUCCCCAUCCGUUGGACUGCCCCUGAAGCUAUCCAGUAUCGCAAGUUCACCUCCUCCAGUGAUGUCUGGAGUUACGGCAUUGUCAUGUGGGAGGUGAUGUCCUAUGGUGAGAGGCCUUACUGGGACAUGUCCAAUCAGGAUGUAAUUAAUGCCAUUGACCAGGACUAUCGCCUGCCACCACCCCCGGACUGCCCAACUGUUUUGCACCUGCUGAUGCUUGACUGCUGGCAGAAGGAGCGGGUCCAGAGACCCAAAUUUGAGCAAAUAGUCAGUGCUCUAGAUAAAAUGAUUCGCAAGCCAUCUGCCCUCAAAGCUGUUGGCACUGGGACCAGCAGACCAUCUCAGCCUCUCCUGAGCAACUGUCCUCCAGAUUUCCCUUCACUCAGCAAUGCCCAUGAGUGGUUGGAUGCUAUCAAGAUGGGCCGUUACAAGGAGAAUUUUGACCAGGCUGGUCUGACUACAUUUGAUGUCAUAUCACGCAUGACUCUCGAGUAA